GGCAUAUUUGCUUUAAGCUUGCUUUGGGCCAUUCUAUUAGCAACCGUUGCUAUGGUAACUCAAUUUGUUAUAAUCAAUGUCAUAACACUCAUAACAUUGGAGGCAUUGGAGCUGAGCUUAGUUGUUUCUCAUUAACCUACUUAUUUACCUAAUUGACAAAUUCGUAUUUUUAAAUCUGUACCGAACAGUGUUAUCGAGGUGAACUAUUUCACUAUUUAAGAGGAUGGAUAAGCCUUUGGGAGUUGAGGACUUCGCCGCCAUGGAGGGCCAGCUUCGGGGGUGUGUGGAGGCCGACAGGCACUACUGGCAGGUCAACGACGUGAAAUGCGACGCCAUACACACCGCCAAAACCUAUGAGGAGUUUGCGGAUCGCGUGGCCGCAGCCCACUUGAGGCCGUUAGAGAAGGCCGACUACAAACAGAAAAGACCGCGAGGAUGGAACCAGUACGCAGCCGAUCCCAAAAAGAACAGAAAUCACUUAAAUCAUGUUGAUUAGACUAUAAACGGGAAAUAUAAAAUAUUUGAAGAUUUUCUUUCUUAAA